ACGGUUAUAAUCAAUGGUAACGUUGUGAACGUUGCUCAGAAGCUGGCUCUAUUGAAGAAGAGCGAAGUGGAGCGUGAUCAGGCCAAGACAACAGUAGCUGAACAGACCGCACUUAUCGAUCAGCUGCGUGGCAAUAAGCAUGAUCUUGAACGGAAGAAUAAGGAUUUGGAGAAGGAGGUUGACAAAUACAAGAAACGGCUGGAUGAAAGCAGCAGCGCGCUAAAGGCAAGUUUCCUAAAUCCUCUGCGGUUUAGUAGAGGAAAUGUGUAUUUUUUUUGCGAAAAUUUGUCAUCGUUGGAUUCCAAUAUAUCACUCAAAUCUGCCCUUUCGGACUGCAAACGGUAUGCUGAUCGUAUAACGUCCGCUGUUGAAAGAGCGUGCCCACCACCUCCAACAGUUAAACGUGUUGAGGAAGAAGUUAAGGCUGAACAUCCUGCUGAUGGAGUCGAUGACUCAGAUGAACCGAUCCCUGCUGAAAUUGUUCUUACCGAAGAGGUUGGAGAAGAAACUGAAGAGAAAGCUGCAUAA